AUGGAGACCAGACUGACUGACAGACUAAGAGCCAGUGAGAAUAAAGCACAGACCAUGGAGUCCAAGCUAAGUGCCAGUGAGAAGACAGUGGAGGCCUUGGAGGUCAGACUGAGAGCCAGUGAGAGUCUGGUGGAACGACUAAAGAGUGAAAAUAAAGCUCAGUCCAUGAAUCUGAACCUCACUGUGAGUCAGGUGGAGGAGCUGAGGAGGGAGAGAGAGGAGAGGAGGGUGUCUUUCUCUGCCUCACUGCUGGCAUCUGGUAGUGGAAAUACAGGACCUUUUUCAGUAGCAACUCCCCUGGUCUACAGACACAUCUUCACUAAUGUAGGAAAUGCCUACAACCCAAACACAGGUGUUUUCACAGCUCCAGUCAGAGGGGUUUACAACUUUGUUUUGUUUGUAUAUGGUUAUGGUCAUGCAUCUGCACCUACAGCAGUGUCCCUUCAUAAAAAUGGAGAGCAUGUUGUCCUUGCUUACAGUCGUCACACAAGCGGCUACGAAGAAGGAUCUAAUGGAGCCUCUCUGCUGCUGGAGGUGGGAGAUGUGGUCUAUGUGAAGUUGUGGCCCAACAGUUGGGUGCAUGAUAAUCAGAACCAUCACACCACCUUCUCUGGCCACCUGCUCUUCUCCAUGUGAGGAGUCAGUCCAGGGUGGAAUCACAUCAGGAAUGUAAUGUUCAAU